CACCGCAGCCACCUCCCCGCCAGCUCUCCCUGCAGGCUCCGCCGCCCGACCUCGUGCCCAGCCCCAUGGCCCGCGCCGCCACCCCCGCUGCCUCCUGCGCUCCCCGGCUCCUCCGGGCGGCGCUGCUGCUCCUGCUCCUGGUCGCCGCCGGCCGCCCCUCCACAGCGGCGCCCGUGCUCGGUGAACUGCGCUGCCAGUGCUUCCAGGCCCUGCAGGGCGUCCACCUCAAGAACAUCCAAAGUGUGAAGGUGACGUCCCCGGGACCCCACUGCGACCAGACCGAAGUCAUAGCCACUCUCAAGAAUGGGCAGGAAGCCUGUCUCAACCCCACAGCCCCCAUGGUUAAGAAAAUCAUCGACAAGAUGCUAAACCAGGGUGACACCAAGUGACCUAGAGAGAAGGAGGAGGUUUCCAGGUUACUAUUCCUGAAGGAGGUUCUGUCUUAGAAGAAUCAAAGUGGAAGAGAAACAGAUGGCUCCUGGGGACACAUGGAAUGUGUUUAAUGUGUUCGACUGCUUCUUAUGAGAGUCCUUCUAUUUAUUUAUUUACAUAUGUAUUUAUUUAUUUAUUUUCAAAGCUUGUUUAUAUUCUUUCUGAUAUUUAAAGAUAUGGACAUAUGGAUGUGUUUGGUAAUUCACCGUAUUGUAAUUUUAAAAGGAUGUUUUUAUGUUAAAUCAAAUAUAGUUCAGUCCUGACUAUCUUUUAAAUUGGAGAUGAUGGGUUUUAAAUAGUCUUCAUUCAUUAUACUAAUAUUUUGGGUGAGGAGAGACCACACCAAGCCAGACACUGUGACAGAGGCUGCGGAUACAUAGUGGGGACCCAGGCAGAUAGUCAGGUGAUCGCUAAGGCAGGGGAAAGUGGAACUGUUUAGAAGAAUGUCUGUUGUUAUUUAUUGAAACAAUUUUACAGUAUAUUGUAUUUUACAACAUUUCUGAUGUUGAAGCUUUAAAAACUACAAUGUUUUAAUUAUCCCAUGGACAUUUUAUGUCUUCCUUGUAAGGCAUAAUGCCUUGUGUAGUAAUAAUUAUGCAAUGUUUUUCUGUGUCUUGGAAUAGAGUAGUUAUUUAUUGAUGUAUUUUUAUAAAAAAUAUGAAAAUAAACCUUUUAUAAAAAUA